ACCCUGGUGUGUGUGCCAAGUUUCAUAGAAUCAUACAGUACUUGUUUGUAUCACAGUAUCACGAAGUGUACAAUUUUUCGACAUUAAACUGCUGCACUAAUAGUAGGCCUAUUUCAGUAGGUAUUCGUGAUGUUACUUCAGAGGUCAAGCUAUAUUAAUAUAUUAUUGCGGAGGUGUUCUUUAAUAACAUGUCCAGAAGCAGUAGAAAUACGUAGGCCUUGGCCCUGGCCCAGGGUGAUCCGCCGGAAUUGCAGGAGGAGUACGCAGUGUCCAACCAAACUUCAACGGGUAGGCCUAGGCCUACGGUAUUCCUCGACAAUUGCUCACCCGCCUAAUAAUAAGGCUACUGCCAUAUACCAACAACAUGUUGACGACGACACAAUUCAUCUCAUAUAUAACGACUAUACAGAGGCACGCUAUCCAUUCGUUUGGUUAAGGGAUAACUGUCAGUGUUCAGAGUGCCAUGACAAGACGUCUCUGCAGAGACUUCUCCUUCUGGAGACUCUUGAUAUAGAUGUCAAGCCAAUCAAGGCAGAGAUUGAUUUUAGUCAUCAGUCGAUUAUUGUUCAUUGGUCAGACAAACACAGAAGUGAAUAUUCGGUGAACUGGUUAAAGAACAUUAGACUCACGUCAUCAAUGGAUCCAAUUGAUGGACUCGUUUCGAAGUACUGGGGUUCUGAAAUGACCGUGGACAAAAUCCCAACUUUUUCUUUCCAUGAUAUCAUGUCGGAUGAAUCUUCUCUGUAUUCUUGGCUUGCAAGUUUGCAUACGUACGGCUUAAGUAUUGUGAAUGAUCUUGGAGACGACGACAAGAACAUAACUCGUUUGGCAAAGAGAGUGACAAAUCCAAGAAUGACAUGUUAUGGUAAUGAUUUUGUUGUCAAAUCAAAUCCAGAACCAAAUAACCUAGCGUACACAGGAUAUCGGCUGCCCCUACAUACCGACUUACCAUUUUAUCAGCAUGAACCUGGGGUCCAGAUUUUACAUUGCAUCCGAAAGAGUGAAUACGGUGGAAAAAGCGAGUUUGCAGAUGGUUUUAAAGUGGCUUAUGACUUACAGAAAGAAGAUCCAGAAACAUUUGAUACUCUCAGUACUGUAGCAAUCUCAUUCAUAGACCAAGGAUUACAUGAGAUAUCAAAGACAGACUAUGCUUUGUGUGAUUGGAAACCUAUCAUAAGAUUAAAUCGGAAGGGUCAGAUUCAACAGAUUAAUUUCAAUAACCAUGUCCGUGGCAUUGAAAUGAGUGUAGGUACUGAUAACAUCAAGAAAAUCUACAGAGCCUUGAAAAUAUUUAACUCGGCCUUAUACAAAGAAGAAAAUUUAAUUUCCUUUGCACUACAAGAAGGUGAAGCAGCUUGUUUUAAUAACACUCGGGUACUGCAUGGACGUUCAGCAUUCACAGUUCCACCAGGGUGUCAAACCCCACGUCACCUACAGGGAAUCUACAUCGACUGGGAUGAAAUCUAUUCCCGAAUGAGAGGAAUUGCAGAUAAACUAAAAUAAAUAUAUACAGCCUAUUAAACACAUGACGUAUGGUUUUUCGCGUCACAAGAACUAUGCAAGUGCCAUUAUCGGCAACUGAUAUUAAUCAUGACUGUGUGAUAAGUACACUAAUUCUCUAAUUUUAAAUUGGCCUGAUAUAGAUAAUAGGCCCACCUUUUAUAUUCAAGCAUGAUAUUAUUGAUUUAAGGUAUACUGUAGAGUGAUUGAUGCCAAUUUAGCGACAUCCCUCUGUACAUAAAGAUAGUGCAUACAAUUAUGACACAGAUUUAGUACAGUAUAUUAAUCAGAACUUCCACUUGGUGUGCUUUUUUAUUGAGGGGUGAUAAAUAGUAAAGCACUUCCCUCUACAGCUAACAAUAGUCAAAACUACUCCCAUUAUCCCUUGUGCAAUUCAGCACAGUUGACAAUGCAAGUAAGGGCUACUAUCUUUACUGUAUCUUUACUAACAUGGACCAAUAAUGUCGCUAAAAUAAUAGAAAGAAAGAUGGCAUAUUUUAAUUUUAAUUUGCUGCAUAGACAUUUUGAUUCUCAUGGACUCUAAAGAAUUGUUCUAAGUGCAACAGAGUUGAGAACAAAAAUCAUUUAUUAUAUGAUUAUGUUUGCAAAAGAAUUUUGCUACUUUUAUAAAUUGUUUGAAAAAAGGUCAUAUUUUUAUAGUUAAUUGUGCAAUUUAUGUAACCUCUUAUUUCAGUAUUGGUAAAUUGUUUAUUUUAUGGAUGGUGUUGUGCAUUUGCCUUUAUUGUUAAAAUUUGUAAAUGUACAGUAUGCAAGUUCAAAUUACAUUUCUGUUUUAUAUGAAUGAACAAUAAAGAAUUUUUAUAUGUUAUUAUAAAUGUAAAGUAUGGAAUACAAAAAAUAAAUGAAUACCACCAAGUAGUAUAAACCUUCAAAAUUGUUUUUUAGGGAAUUAAACACAUUAGUAUGCUUAUAAGUUUCGGCUGUUUUUGUUUAUAGUAUUCACGGUUGUAAAGUCACGAAAUGGACUUUUUAUUCCCUCAAUAACCUACUCAUGUGUGAGCUACUACAAAAGUGUUUGAUAUACUGUAGUUUUUUGUACCGUUUUUGUUGAUUAAGCCAUUAUAGGCCUAUUGAAGAGUAAGACAUACCUUGAUCGCUUUUAAAGAUAUGCAAACAUAUCAACUUUUUAAUUAUUCCGAAGAUUAAAGAAUAUUCAAUUGUUGUUUCAAACAAUGUGGAGUGUAGUAGAAAAUCCUUAUAUCUAUAUUUUUAAAGAAAAUAUAAAGAUGGCUGAUGAAUUAAAGGAGAUAAAUUUGGUGAUAUACAGCAUCUUUGGAAAGUGAAAUAUUUUUUAAACAAUGUAUUUGAGAAAGUAUAUUAGAAUUUACAGAUUUGUGUUUUACAAUGGGUGAUUUAUAUUAUGCUGAAAUUAAAAUAUAUAUAAAGGAAAAAUUA